AGGGGCGGCCAGGGGGAGGAGCACUGCGAGCUGGGUCGGAUUGGGCUGUGCCGUGCCGUGCCGGGCGGUGUCGGGGGAACUAGGAGGAGCUGCUGCACCUGAUACACCGGGGCGGGAGCGUGGAGAAGGAGGGAGGGAGCGGCGCUAGCCGCCGCCUGCGAAAGCGUUUCCUCGCCGUUAGUCAGCGCUGGUCUCGCUGUUUCUCCUUCCUCCCGCCCCUUCUGCGCGGAGCUGGGCGCUCGCUCCUGUUCCCCUCGGGGCCGGCAGCAGCGCGUCCUCCUCCUCUUCCUCCGCCUUCUUCCACCCGGGCCCCAUGGCUUCGGCCGGCAGCGGCAUGGAGGAGGUGCGCGUUUCGGUGUUGACCCCGCUGAAGCUGGUGGGGCUGGUGUGCAUCUUCUUGGCGCUGUGCCUGGACCUGGGAGCCGUGCUGAGCCCCGCCUGGGUGACGGCGGACCACCAGUACUACCUCUCCCUCUGGGAGUCCUGCCGCAAGCCCGGCAACCUGGACAGCUGGCUCUGCGAGUCGACACUGCACAGCGACUGGCAGAUAGCUACUCUUGCUUUGCUGUUGGGUGGUGCUGCCAUUAUUCUCAUAGCUUUCCUGGUUGGGUUGAUCUCUAUCUGCGUGGGAUCUCGGAGGCGGUUCUACAGACCAGUUGCAGUCAUGCUCUUUGCUGCAGUUGUUCUUCAGGUGUGCAGCUUAGUCCUUUACCCAAUCAAGUUCAUCGAAACGGUCAGCUUGAAAAUAUACCAUGAGUUCAACUGGGGCUAUGGCCUGGCUUGGGGUGCAACUAUAUUUUCGUUUGGGGGUGCCAUUCUUUAUUGCCUGAACCCUAAGAACUAUGAAGACUAUUACUAGAAUCAUUUCAUGAAAAGAAAAAUAACAGAAGGAUUACCCUGUCUUUUCUAACUCACGGUUUUUUUAGAACACUUGUGGGGCACCAAACAGUCUGCUCUGUUGAUAAAAUAACCUUUGCCUUUUGGGUGUGAACACUGGAACCAGCCUUUACAACCAUUUAACUGCAAACACUAGGAGUGCUGAUCUUACAUAGGCAGAUGCUGCAAGCUGCUGCUACAUAAGCUUCAUUUUUUCCUGACAACAAGCAAAAGGAUCUACAGCGAUCAUUGUGAGAUUGGAAUGAGAAUGCAAUGCCAGCAUCUGCUAUUGCCUUCAGGGGAGCAGCUGGUGUAGACUCCAUCUAGAAGUUUCCCUGUAUGAUAGAGGAUUCAGAUGUCUGAUAAGCAGGCAAUGGCAUCUUGUACAAUAGGCUGUGAUGGCCCCUUGUUACUUGCUCAAAAAAGGAAUUAGUUGCAAGUGACUAUGUUGAGGGCAGUGAAUGUAACUGGUUAAUGACUUGUCUAAUAUCUGCAUUCAACAGUCUUCUGGGAGAAUAAUUAAAAUUUUUUUUUUUUAAAAAAAAAAGAACCAAAAAACCCCAAGCCACCAACCACACAGGAUUUCAUGAAUUGGUAAUCGACAUCACUGUGCCAGCUGUAGCAGAUUUUUGAAGGAAGUCCAAACUCGGAGACAUGUGCUUCUGACUGUGUAGCUGGAAGUUGUCUCAGCUGUGAGUAUUUUGCUGGGAGGGUGGAGAUGAGGGGAAGCAGAAAAAGACCUUGUCUGUUCCUGAGGCAUCUAAAAUGUGUGAAUGAACUGCAGUUGUCCUAAGUACUCAUUUACCUCCUGAACAUCUCAAUUAAAAGAAUGCAUAUGGAACAGGUUCAGUUAUAUUUUUGAAAAGUAUUUGUUAGUAUAAAUGAAUAUAUAUAAUACAAAUAUAAAUGCAGAGAGUGAUGAUUCAUCUGAAAAUUGUGAUAUGAGCUGUGAUGCAGUGGUGAAAAUACUAACUUUGUACACAUUCUUAAAAGUCUUGGAUUGAUGCCCCCAAUUUUGAUUGGUGUUACAAAAUAAACAUGAAAUGGUUUGUCUCCCGUGUGUGCCCUUGUACAGACUCUGUGUUAUGGGGAAACGCUUAAAAGUUCACGUUAAGGUAGAACUGAACAAAACUGCUUGCUAAUCCAUGUGUAAUCUGCUGCUUACUGGACAUUCUUUUAUAAGGCUGUUACAAAGAGAAAACUGCCAUUUUUUAAAAAUCUAGUUAAGUCGUGUCUCUGAUCGUCAAGAAUACAGCUGAGACCACGUCAUGUCCAUAUUAAAACGUUAGCACUUCAGGAGGUAAUAUCUUGUUUUUAAAAGCUGAGUUUAUAAUGGAAUGGCUGAUGAUUAUGUACAUCUAAUUACUUUUUGAUUAGUAUGUUUCCCACUUAAAACAUCCAGAGACUGUACUCAUGAAAUGAAACUCAAGAUAUAAUAGGGAGAACUUAAUCCUCAUCACUUUUAUUUUUGUUUAAAAUUUGCUUAUUUGGAUAUUUUCACUUAAUUAUGAACAUAUUUUUAUACAAUUCUAAUCUUUAGAAAGAACUAUUUUUUUUAAUGGAGAAAUUUAAAAUAUAUUCUAUGUGGACCUCUGCAGAAGCAGAUAUGCUGGGGUUGCACAUCCACCUCUACACAAAUGGUUUUGCUGUUUCCACGGAAAAGGCUGCUGAAUUACUCAGUGUAAAGACCUCAUCUACGCUUCUGCCACUGUUUGCAGGGCACAGAGGUUCUGCAGCAACCAUGGGACCACAGGGCUGCCUUUAGGAGGUUGUUGUGAAAGUAGUGCUGAUGUACAGAGAUGGUUUAUAAAACUCUGGGGCUCUCUGGAGUUAAAUCUUUACUACUAUGGCAAAAUAUUCCAUAUCAGCAGUCUUUUCAGAAACAAUGCUGAUUAAUUAGAGUAGACAGAGAAAAUGGUAGCUUGAUUUAGAAGAUAUUGUAUGACAAUGCCUGGAGAACAAAAAGGAUGGGAGGAAAAAGUAUAUCUACUUGUUUCACUGGCACCAGGGAGCAUUUGUACCUCUGCUUUUUUCUUUUCCUGAGACUGAGUUACAGGCAGAUAUUCAGUAUAUAGUUAACUUUGUAUGUUUCUGAACAACUGUGUAGUUCUGCUUUUAUUUAGCAGCAUGGAGAACACUGUAGUUUGGCAUGGAAAUUAGGUUAGUUUUGAGAAGCCCACUGUGAGGAGAUGUCUGUACCUUUCUAGGAGAAUGGUGUUGCUGACAUUUCAUAGCACGUCACCUCUGCUGACAAGAGGGUACAGUUCUGAACCCAUAUCAUAUCCACUAAUUUAUCACAUCCUUUUUCUAUAUGUAGAGUAUGAGUGAAGCUGUCAGGCCUAAGGCAUAUGCAAACUAAUGGCAUGUGCUCUGAAAGUCACCUGCUGUUGAUAUGGAGGAUGUUCAGACAAAAAAUUUACAAAUAUGAAUGCCUAAAGACAAGGUUCUUCAUUAAUUUUUGAGUCAAAGAUCUGAUUUUGAAUCUCAACACCUGCUUUUCCUCUUGAAGAUAAUGCAAUCUGUUAGGAUCCAGCUCUUGAACUCCUCAGUUUCUUUCUGUUUGGGCAUCCAGUAUAUGGGUUUAGGUACUUACCUUUAGUUUUAUGUUGCUACUGCCGUUUCUGUUAUUUCCCCUCCUUACCAUUGCCAGUUUUGGCAAGUGUUCUGUUUCUCAGCACUGAACAAAAAGUAUAUACAACAUUAUGCUGACUGUUCUUUUUUCUCUAGUCACAGAAAGGAUACAUAUCUCUGUCUUUAGUGUACAUACGACAAAUUAAUCAUUUUGUAUGUUGUGCUUGUGUCAUGCCACCAUUAUUCCAGUUGUUUGGCUUUAUCUCACUGGCAGGAUAGUUCUGUCACACAACAACUCCAUUGGUUUCCUUCCAAAUAUAUAUGAAUAAAUAUAUACAUAGCAAACUUGCAAGCAGGGCUAGUUAUUUGUAUUUUUUAAGCUUAAAGUAUACCGUCCGGUGCUGACAAGUACCUAGCACCUCUUCUGGAUUUCUUGCACAACUUCGUUUAGCUUUUGUAAAUUUUAAAAACAAAUAUAGAGAGACCUAUGUGUUUGAAAUAUAAAUGAUAUAUAUGGAUUAGCAUGUAACUGUAUAUUAUUAAACAUGCAAUGAACUGACUGGUAAGUGAAGUCUAAUCUUAUGGCUAGCAAUGUAAUUUAUUCAGACUGUAUUUUUGUACAGCGCAGUGCACACUAACCUAUUGCCUCUGUGUCCUCUAUAAUGCCUAAAACUGUGCCUAGAAAUUUCAUUUCUGUCUUUAAAAGGAAAAAAAAAAAGACAACUAAAUGCUUCAUGUUGUUGAUGGUAUUGGUUUUUCUGAUGUUGUUCUUUAUUUAUUUUUGAGAAGUGUAUGGUAUGUUUUUUAAAUGAAACCAUCAAAAUAUGUUUUGUUUUAAAUGGUCAUUGUUAGCAGGGAAA